GUAAUCAGCUGUGUGUGUUUUGCAUGAGAACAAGCCGGGGACAGGAGUCAAUCAACCAACAUAACAAAGGGAAACGCUGGAUAAAAACACAAUUCUUUCCAAGGCACAUCUGUAAAAUGGCCCAGGAAUUAUGUUCUCCCCUACAUUGCAAUGUUUGUCUAAUGUUGCAAGCCCAUCAAAAAGUCUCGGAAACCGGAAAAUCUAGCCAAUUACUAAACUGUUCCGGUUGCCAAAUGGUUAGAUACUGCACAAGACAACAUCAAAAACUUGAUUGGGCAUUACAUCGUGAGUUUUGCCAAGCCAUACAGGCUAUCAAGAAGACACUGAGUAUUUCCCACCCACUGCGAGUGUCCGGAGCAAAUCCAAAGACCAAGGAUGAUAUGGAAAAAACAAUAAUUCAAUUGAAAUAUUUACUAAGAAAUGCCUUGGAGCGGCCACUGCAGUAUCACGAGGAGGAGUUAAGUUCAUUUCCCAUCUUCUGCCCCGUAUGUUACAGUUUUAAAAACAUCAAUGUUUUGUGUUCGGAUUGUCAAAAUCAAGUCUACUGUUCGGAAGAGCAUUUAAUGCAACAUCGGGAGGAGCAUUCAAAGGAGUGUGGUUUACUAAAGCUAUAUUAUACACCCUACAAAACAUUGAUGGGAAAGGAAAUGCAAUUGGAGAUAGUGCGAAAACUGGAUAAUUUUCAAAAUGUGGAUUUGUUUGGAAUGUUUGAAACCUGUUUCGAUUAUAAAUUGCCACAGGAUCCCACGAAAUCUUUGACAGACUAUCAAAUAUUUUCAUAUGCGGCAGAUUUUAGUUGCAUGGCCAGCAUAUGCUAUAGCCUUGGUCACAUGAACAUGCCAGCCUACCAAAAGAAACACAUGAGCCUCUUUAUUAUUGGAGCCUCCUUUGAGGCAGUGCUUUGGUUCCGGGAAAUCCAUUGUAAAUUAUUUUUCCAGCAAUUUGAACAGAUUACAAAUUUAGAAUUGCAUUUCAUAGGGCCGGAGACUGUGGAGCAGCGUGAAAAGAUUCUGGAAUUUAAAUUUUUGGGCAAACAAAGACAAGUGCAAUAUCAUUGCUUUACGGGACUGUUCCAGAACUAUUGCCGUUUGUGCAAAGUCCAGCCCAUGCUGUUGGUGGCCUUUAAUUGUGGCUUUUCAGAAUUCUCCAGACGCUACAAUACCCUGCCGCAUUUUGAGAAAGCCAGCCAUGAGAAACUGUCCUGCAAACAAGACACAUGGUCCGGUGCCAUUGGGGAUAUGUUGCAAUAUGAUUGCCCCAUUAUGUUUACAUCUUUUACCAAACAAGAAUCUCAAUUUGAUUUUGCUGCAUUUGAAACGGUGGCCAAAAGUCAACAAAUGAAAAUUGAAAUUGAACGUUUAUUUAAGGUAUCGAAGAAUCCCUUUCGCGAUUUACGUCCCUUGCGACAAUGGUAUGCCGGGGAUGAGGAGAGUAUAUACUAUCGCAAUGGUUAUAUACAGGUGAUUAAAACGAAUAAAUUUGCAUAGGGUUUGUUAGGCAGAGGGGAAUGGAUUGAAAUUAAUUUUAGUUUUUAAGUUUAUUUAUCGAAGAAGUUUGUUAUGUUUUUUGUACGUUUUACUAUUCACAAGAGAAUAAGAAUAUUUAAUAAGACCUAAGUAUAUAUUCGAAAGUUAAGGA